GGGUCGACCCGCGGCCGAGGCGGGAAGUCCCGCCCCCAGGAGUCCUGCCCGUCUCCUAGCAACGGUCAAACAUAAUUGGCUCAGCCGAGGCCCGCGGGCCUUCUUGCCCGCGUCCGCGAGACUGCGUCCUUGGAGCCUUCUCGCCUAGCGGCCGUGACGCCCAGGCUGCUGCCCAGCGCAACCCCUCUCAGCCAGGAGUGCCACGCCCGUGGGUGCUCAGCAGAAUGUCGCUGAAUGCCUGGGAGUGGGAGGAUGAGGACCCGGUGAGCAUGGGGCCCUUGUCCUCCAUGGCCAGCUUUUACCAGUCUGGGAGUGAGUGUGAUGUGCAGGAGUACCUGAAGGUCAAAGCCCAAGCCCAGGAAUCAGACUCUGAGCACCCGUGCAGCAGCGAGUCCUCAUUUGGGCUUGCUAGCACCCUCGACUCCGAUGUGCCCCAGGCUGUCCCCUGCAAGUUCAUCAUCUCACUGGCCUUCCCAGUGAGCACUGGUUAUAAAGGAAAAUAUACAGGUUUGAUGGAAAAACACAAGAAACACCCUAAAAUGGACAAACCUGCUGCAAAGUUUCGCCGUUACUACCACAUUGAGUAUUUCCUUCUGCCAGAUGAUGCGGAGCCUAGAAAGGUUGACAUGGUGCUGUUUCCCCUGGUGGCCAAAGUGUUCCUGGACUCGGGAGUAAAGACAGUGAGGCCGUGGCAUGAAGGGGACAAAGUCUGGGUGUCAUGGACCCAAACUUUUAACAUCAAUGUGACAAAGGAAUUACUCAAGAAAAUAAAUUUUCACAAAAUAACCUUGAAGGUCUGGGACGCAAAGGACAAGGUUUCAAGAAAAGUCCGGUAUUACCGGUUAAAGAAUACUGGGUAUUCCGAAGAUACGGGAACUUUCGAAGAAGUGAAAAGUUUGGUUUUAAAUCAGAGAAAGUUGUCUGCACAGGCCCCACACAUCAAAGAGGAGUGGAACCAGGAAGAUGCACGAGAUAAAGCAGAAAAAGCAGGAAAACACAUCAAGUCUUUGCGUGCAGAGUUUGAAACUUUUCCCAAGAUCCCCGAGGGAGAUGAGAAGGUACUCAGAAUGGAAGAACUUUCCACAGUUCGAUGGAGUAUUUCAAGAGAAACAGCUCUUUCUUUGGGAACAGCAGUCGGCAUGGAGAUGGAAGGAGAAGAUCAUCAUGAGAGAUCAUCAUUUAACAGCUUAACAAACAUGGUAGAAAAGCAAAAAUUUCAAAUUAAAAGGAAAGACUCAGAGGGGAGAAAGAAGAGCCAGAAGAGAGGGAAGAAAUCUCAAACAGAGGAGGAAACUGACCUCAAGAUGGAAGGAGAUUGGAAGCAUGGUACCUUCUCCACCGAGCUGGCGGUGAUGCCGCUCCUCGCAGGAUGGCAAACUAUUGUGAGUCGUGGUAGGGGGAAGUCUGCCAGCAUUUUAGAUUGUUUUUUGACUUUAAAAACAGAAGGUCCUAUCAUGACUGAGGAGCAAAAGCAGGACUUAAAUCCCUUGACCAUAAAGAUCAAGUGUGUUUCCUGCCUUCCGUCACAACCUGUUCCCUUCCAUGAACUAGAGAGGCUGUGCAUCCCUGUGUACUGCAAGUACCAGUUCUUUAAGACUCCAGUUCACAGAACAGAGGGGCGGCCCCAUGGAAUCCACAUCCAUUUCCAGGACAUUAAUGUCAUCUUUCUUGGGGCAAUGCAGCCCAGUGACCUGAGGGAAUACCUGGAGGGGCCCCCCAUGGUGGUGCAAGUUCAUGACAGGGACCGCAAGUUAGAGGAGUAUUCCCGGAAGCCCACCCUGUUUGGGGAUGACCCCUUGGACGCAUACCUCAACCUCCAGUCCCUCAUCUCUCUGGAAGAGACAGAGAAUAACCCCUUUGAAUCCCAGAACAAGAUAUGGGACCCUUAUGGGGUUGCCCAGGUCAGUUUUGCUGACCUUCUCCUCGGCCAGAAGUACUUGAACUUGGUCGUCCCCAUCCACAGCUGUGAACCCAAGCCCAAACACUGUGGCCAAGAUGGCAAGAGCAGGAAGGUUGUGGGGUUUCGGGUCCCCACAGAUGGCUUCCAGCACAACCCAAUGCCCAUGGGUAACUACCUUGAGGCCAACUCUCUGCUCAAGAUGCGGGUGGACAUCGCUGUGCCGUUGCAGGCCAGGGCUGAAGCCCCGGACCCAGAGCUUUCAGGUACCCAGUUUGGCCGCAUCAUUUUCGUGUUUGACUCCAAGAAGAUCUCCCUCCUCUACGGCCUGCUGCAGGACAUCACCAUGAUCAAUGCUAAGGCCCUUGAUCUGGAUGCCCACCCUAUCAGGAACAUCCAGCAAAUCCUGUCAGCCUUUAAGAUGCGGGUGAAGAUCCAGGAAAGGCAGGACCUGGAUGUACUCACUGGCUUCCACCUGCUGGAUGGGAAGCUUCACCUUCUCAUUCUGGAGGGCUUGGCUGACCAAGGCUUGAAGCAGCUAUGGGACAGCCAUCAAAGCCGAAUCACCAGGGGAGAUCCGGGCAAACACAAGGUGCUCUACAACUCUGCGCUGCGGUUCCGCCACCGCCUCUACGCCGACCUGGAGACCGUCCUGUACCAGGUGCACCUCUUCAAGCCGCUGUCGCAGCUCAUGAAGCACUCGGCGCUCUACGUCCGCAACAGCGUUCUGCAGAAGGCCUUCCAGGCCCUGACCAGGAUCUACUCCAUCUGCCAUCACAGCACCAAGCUCAGGGAGGUGAUCACUAGAGGCCUGCUGCCAUCCUCCGCCAUGGUCAAAGACUUGAGCCAAGAGCUGGGGCUGCCCAUUUCACAGGACGAUCUUGCAGACGGAAAACUGAUGGUCUUCCCGUCUCAGCCUGCCCCUUGUCCUGAGCGCUUCUUAAGUCGGAAAUCCACGCUGGCUUACGAGAUCCAGGCCCACAGGGACAAGUAUCUGCGGUGGCGGAACACCAUGGUGCUCAAGAGCAAAGGCCAGGAGCCCAGCCUCAUCCAGAAAAAUAUUACUGGAGCCUACCAGCUUAAGAAGCCUUCGAAGUCUGUGGUGAAGGUGAUCCGAAUUUCUGCCCCGGCCAAAGACGCAGUUUAUAACUACAGUAUCCAAACCCUGAAUUCCACAGAGCUUGCUAAGAAGGAGCUGUAUCGAGAGAUGGCCAAGGAGCCAAGGAAGAGAUUCACGUACUCCCAGAAGUACCUCUCGGCCAUGGUGGAACCUCAGGACUCUGAGGAGGAGGAGAAGAAUGCCAAGAAGAGAUCCCGCCAGGCCUGGCUCACAGCCAAUGGAUUCCAACUGACAGGUCUUCACAGAAGCCCGGAAAGCAACUGUCACCUGAGGCUGCUGCCCGUUGGCACCGUCCCAGAGCUAAAAGAGGAGCGGAGGGACAAUGCCGGGUUUGCUACCAUGCUGGAUCGAGAGCGGUGGGGCUGGGACCGGCGCCACCAGGACUUCGACCUGUAUAGGCAGCCCCCACCUUUCCUGGAGCUGCCCCCUCCUCCAGUGCCGAGGCCUGCGACAGGUAACAGAGGCCUCUGCAAGAUGGAGCCUCCUGAUGAGGGCAGUCAGGGUCUCUGCUGCUUGGCGUCUUGGCUUUUUCAUUUUCGCUAAAGCUAGGAAGUUGAGUCAGAAUGGGGCAGGCAUUAAUGUGCUAGGCUGACUCAGGAGCCCUGGAUUCUAGCUGGAGCUGUAGUACUAACUUGCUGUGUGACGGUGAGUCCCUUCACUGCUCCUGGUCUCCGGCACCACAGCAGAUGCUCAGAGAGUGCAUGUGCAAGCGGGGGCAGGGCAGAGGGAGAGAGAGAAUCUUCCAGCCGAUGCCUCUCUGAGUAUGGAGUCUGACAUAGGGCCCAAACCUGGGGCCUGAGCCAUAAUCAAGAGCCCAGCCACUUACCCAACUGAGCAAGUGAGGGGGCCCCUCUGGACCUGGCUUCUUAGCUAUAAAACAUGUAAGUGGGGAAAUCGGUCUAAGGGCUUUCUGGGCCUCAAAAGGCAAGACGUCUGGAUGCCUGGCCAGCAACUGGGGCAGAGGCUCGGCACCUCUGGGACCUUCUGACUCCCUUCCUGCUCCAUGAUGUUGCCAUCGCCCUGUGUGUGAGAGAGGAAGGGAAUCUAGAAGCAUGGGUCCCUUUAGCCUUCUGUUUAUAAAGAUGGGUCUCCAUUUAUAGGUUGAUAGAGAACCCAAAUUUGCUGGUUACCAGAAACUUCAUUCAGGGACAAAGAAUUUAGUGACAAGGUUUGCCAGAGAAACCAUUCCCUGAAAGCCAGAGCAGAUAAACAAAUGGAUUUCCUUCCUCCCCCAACCCCCGAGGUUGCUAACAGCUCCAUGAAGCAGGAGGAAAUGCCGACAAGCUGCUGAAAUUUGUACCCCCUGCUCCAUCUGGCCCUUGCUGCCUCCCUUCAGAACAGGCUCUGGGCUCUGGGGCUGCCUGAAGCUCUCCUGUUACCUGUUGGGGUGGCCCUGCCUAGCAAUGCCAGGCUUGCCUCCUUGGCCCGAGUGCUGCCGCUGGGCUCCCUGCAGGCCUUCCCAGCCUGCGCUCCCUGGGCACGUCUGGCAGCCGGGGCCUCUCCUCCCCACCAUGCUUAAAGAAAACUCAAAAAUGGCAGCUGGGAAACAAGAUGCGAACCACGGGUCUCAGCCUUUGAAACUCGGCUAGAUGAAGAGAAAACCAGCUGCUGACAGGCAUGCCCCUGCCACAGGGCCUAUGGCGAAGUCCCCUUUCCCAGGACGUGGGGGCUAGACAGCUGCUUCCCAAGUUUCCUUGGCAAAGGCACUCUGUGCAUCCUCCAGUCCCUGUACCGUCCCAGAUUCGUACUCUUCUCGCCAACAAAAUACUUAAGAAGGUUAGCUCUGAUGUCAUAAGAUUUGUCAACUUUUACCUUUUGAAGAUCAGUUAUCCAGUCCCUGGCAAAGUGCCGAGGCCAGCUGAGGUGUCUGCGCACCAGACAGACUGUACUUAAAGGGAAAGGAAAGAGUCUGGCCUUCUCCUCCCACCUCAAGACAACAUCUGUGGUGGGUUUUCGGGAGCCCCAAACGGCCCCAAAUCCAGACAAAAGCUCCAAGCUUGCCUGCGUGAGCACACUGGGACCCACUGUAUCCGGCAAGCAAGAGCAGAAAGGAGUCCAGAAAAAUGCAAAGGCCUAUUAGCAUCCCUCACGAUUCUGCAUUGUCCCCCCUUUCAGGAGUGGAGGCCAAGCUCUGUACAGACUGUGCAGAGAAAGGCCCCAGGCAGUAAAGAGCAUAUGCUAUACCAGACCAUGUAAUUUGUACCCAUCACCUAAGAAAGACCAGAGACGUGCUCAGUAAUCCCCAGGACACUGUGGCCUGGCCUGGGCACGUGGUCCUCAGCAUUCAGGGCCCCUCUUCC